UUGAUUUGCUCAGCUGAAGAUAUUUGUCACCACUAACCUUUUAGGUUUUGUUUUGCUGUCGCACACUGCCCCUUUGCAUUGGUAUGCGUCAAAUAAAUUGGAAUAAAAAGAUGAAAUCGCCAAAAUUUAUUUUGCUUGUGUUGGCUGUGGUUUCAACCAUCAUUCUGUACGUCAAGUCAAUGGAGGCUGAAGACAAAUCUCAAAAGAGACUGAUGGAAUUUCCUGGUGGGGCCUCUGCCCACAACGGCCAGGCCACUGCUCUGCAGUACCAAAACUCAGGGGACUUCUACCAGGAAAUCAAGGAGCUGAAAAAUCGCAUUAAGGAGCUGGAGAAAGGGAGAAAGGUGUAUCCAGAGGUCCCUAUUUUGAAUUACAAGGACAGGAAACGAAUAUUGAUCACAGGAGGUGCCGGAUUUGUUGGGUCGCACCUCACCGACAAGCUGAUGUUACAAGGACAUGAGGUGUACGUCGUAGAUAACUUCUUCACUGGACGCAAGAAGAACGUUGAACACUGGAUCGGCCAUAACAACUUUGAGCUCAUCCAUGCUGAUAUUGUGAACCCACUCUUUAUUGAAGUGGACCAGAUCUAUCACCUAGCCUCACCGGCGUCCCCACCUAACUACAUGUACAACCCAGUCAAGACACUGAAAACAAACACCAUCGGCACAAUUAAUAUGCUAGGUUUGGCAAAGCGUGUAAGAGCCAGGCUUCUGCUGGCAUCUACUUCAGAAGUGUAUGGAGACCCCGAGGUUCACCCCCAGACCGAGGACUACUGGGGCCAUGUGAAUCCAAUUGGGCCUCGGUCAUGCUACGACGAGGGAAAGAGGGCCGCCGAGUCCCUCUGCUAUGCUUACAAAAAACAGGAUAAUGUGGAUAUAAGAGUGGCUCGUAUAUUCAACACGUUUGGACCUAGGAUGCACAUGAAUGACGGGAGAGUGGUGUCCAACUUUAUCCUCCAGGCACUGCAAGACCAGCCUAUUACAAUAUAUGGCAAGGGAGAACAGACCCGGUCAUUCCAGUAUGUCAGUGACCUGGUCAAUGGUCUGAUUGCUCUCAUGAAUGGUAACUACUCCAUGCCUGUCAACCUUGGAAAUCCCGAUGAAUACACAAUCACCGAGUUUGCUGAAGAGAUCCUUAAACGUGUUGGGGGAAAGAGCAAGAUAGUUCACAAGCAGAAGCCCAUUGAUGACCCAAAGAAACGGAAACCGGACAUAUCGCUGGCCAAACAGGAGCUCAAGUGGGAACCAAAGAUAAAGGUCAUGGACGGGGUUGAUAAAACCAUUGAAUAUUUCCGAGAGGAGCUGCGUUAUUCAAACAUGCUACCAGAGGGCCACAGUAAAAGUCAAACAGACCCUACCGAAGAUUAACCUCUUUGACUCAUCUUUGAAAUCAUCAGCGCCUUAACUCGUGUCAGUGGAUGGAAAUAGCCACAAUUAAAACCUACAAGUUCUGCCACAGUCUAGGUCAAGCGGACGCCAUAAACGUCUGUGACUAAAAUCUGCGAAAUUGGCGGAAUUAUUUAUGACCAUGGACAUGAGCCAAAUAUUAAGUUAGAUUUUGGCUUAAUGCUCUACUGUCAAUGAAUAAAUGUGUUAGAUUUUUUGCUUUAAGCAUACAUUUAAGCUGUGAUUAACUGGUAUAUUUAGCCCAAGAUAAGAGGGUAUAUUAAGUAGAUGGGCCAAUUUUUGUUAUUUCACAUGUAAAAGUUAACAAUGAUGUUGUUAAUCAAGUUGUUAUAUUAAAAAGUUCUGAGAAAUUGGCCCAUUGAAAAACAGCUACUAUCAGAAUUUUAUAAGAAAAUGUGCAUUUCAAUUGCAUGGUAGUAGUUAUAUAUAUCAAGUUUAUAAUGAGCAUUAUGGAAUUCAUGCAAAACAUACUUAAUUUAAAAAAGGGAAAAGCUACUUAGUACUUGCAAUAUACAUCCAUUUUAAUUAUAAAAACUGCAUAUUGUAAUGCGUGUCUUAAUUAAUAUUCAAGAACAAAGCUAUUUCAAGAUUACAAUUGAACAGAGUAAGCUGAAACUACGGACACUGAAUUAGUUAGAAAUCAAACAAUCAUUUGUAGUAUCAAAAUUUCAAUGGUGUUUUGGAAUCAUUUUUCAUCUAAACCCUUGUAAAUGGAACCUGCACUUUUUUAAGAUUCAAUACGGUAUUGGUAUUUUUCAAUACGGUAUUGGUAUUUUAUGAUUUACGGUAUUUAAAUUUAACCUGAAAUGUGGUCUUUAUAAUCAGUUUAUAAUAACAUUGUAUGUACAUUUUCGUUGCUAAUUAUACCUUUGUUUAUUUGAGAAAUGCUAAGUAGUUGUAGCUGUUAAGAACGUCAAUCGUUUGUGCCAUCUAAGCAGACUCAACCCAGGCCCAAUUAUCACAAAAGUACGCAAGUCAAUUUUCAGUCUCACUUUACUACAGAAAAGCAAAGUUUGAUUAACAAUCUUGUGUGUUUUUAUACUUUUUGAAAACAUAUUUUCUCAAAGUAUGUGUUGACAAAAAGAUUUUAUCAAUAUUUUAAAGAAAACUAGGUCUAGAGUGAAAAAUAUACUUGAGUAAUUGUUUAAAAAACAAUAAAUUGUACUCAAAUAAAUUUUGGGCUGCAGAAUUUGUUUCCCUUGGAACCUUGACUUAAGGCAUUUAUCAAGAUAUUCUGUGGUAAAUUGCGCUAUUAAAAGGUGUAAAAACAUAAAUGUAAUGUUUUUUAAAUUUAAUAAUUUUUAAUGCUAUGUGAUAAAAUGAAUUGAGACUGAGAUUGAGUGUUUACUUAAGUAUUUUCGAGUUAUUGGGGUCUGGGGCAGUGAUUACGAACAGUCUCAAGUCUGAGUUCAGACUCAUGACUCAAUAUGGCAAAACUUCAUUUCAUUGCAAUUUUCCUUCUAUCAAAGCAUUGAUGUUGAAAUUUGCUGAAAUAUAUUACUAUUUGAAAGUUUUACUAUUAUUUACAUAAAUUUCUGUUAAAGAAAUGGAAUAAAAUAAAUGUGAUUCUUAUUCCUUCAUAAAAAUUCCUGAGUCUAGACUUGGACUUGAGACUGUUCGUAUUUAUGGCCCCUGGUCUUACUCAGACUUAGAAAUGCACUUUAAUUAAAAUACAGAAAAUCAUAUUCACUUCUUUCAUUUUACAAAAAUGAAUAUGAUAAGUUGUAAAAUUUCAUACAGUAAUCAAGUCCAGCAAAUUUCAUCAUUAAAAAUAGACUGGAAAUAUAGUUACAAUGAAAUGAGGAUUUGCAGUUCUGCCACUUGAGUCUGAACUCAGACUUGAGACUGUUUGUAACCAUAGCCCAUGACGUCUUCAAUUUAAUUAUGCAAACUUACAUAUUUAGGUUGGCCUUGUCUGUAUUAUAGAUAAAACUUAAUGUGCAUAUUGUUUAACACACAAGAAGUUAUGAAGUUAUUGUUAAUUUCAAUACUACGCUCUGAUUGGAUGAAUGCAACAUCAUUUAACCAAUGAAACAAGAUGUUUCAAUUAUGGGCUGUUCUUUUAUAUAUAGCUUCAGUACAUUCUACUUUAAAUGUGAUAAUUAAUUAAUCUAAUUGUAGAUUAAAGUAUUUAAUGAAAAUAUUAUUGAUGUGAGUUUAUAUAAAAGGCUCUUAAAUGUGUUAAUUAUUUUUUUCAUUCUAAGCAAUGCUUACAUGUUGUAAAUAGAAAAAUAAAUAUUUGUGUUUUUCUUCUUUACUAUGAUUAACAAUUUGUAACAUAAGGUGCAGCCGGCAAAGAGCUUAUUUAUAAGUAUAAAACAUUAUCUUCAGGUAUCGAAACUGCAUUUACAGUUGAAACACGUUGGCUUGAUAUCCCAGGGUCCAGCCAAAAUCCCUCUCGCAAGUAUUGAGCCAAGCAGGAAUACUUACACAGAGUCCUUUACAUCAAGUUUGAGCGAACGAGGAAAUUGAGCCAAGCGAUAUCGAGCCAACAGGUUUUGACUGUUAAAUGAGGGCCAGGACCCCAUUCCAAUGAAAUAUCUUAGUCGUAAACUUUAUCCUGAUUAAGACUACUCAGGGACAUGCAUAAUGUUAAAGCUGCACUCUCACUGAUAUACCAUUUUUACAAUUUUAUUUUUUUUUGUCUUGGAAAGAGAUUUUUGAGUAAAUAUCUGCAAACCAAUGACAUAAGAUUGGUGUCAAAAAAUCAGAGCAGACUUUUAUAUUUCCGUUCGAAAAUUAGUGUUUUAUGGCUUAAACCUUACUAACAGUGGAAAAAUGCAUAAAACAUCAAUUUUUGAACUUAAAUAUAAAAAUCUGCAAUCUAAUUUUUUGUCAGCAGUCUUGUAUCACUGAUUUCCAUGGAUUUUCGCCAAAAUUUGCUCGUUCCAAGACAAAAAAUAAAGAAGUCGUCUAAACGUUCAAUCUGUGAGAGUGCAGCUUUAAGGGGCGAAUGUAUAUGAUUAAUGUCUUAAAGAUAGUUUAAGCGAAAAACAGCAUUUAGUCUGGAAAUGUAUGAUUUUUAAAACAAUACGAUCUUUAUAUUAUAACAGGGUCCUGGGGUAGUUAGAUCAAAUUUGAUGUAAUUUUUUACUUUUUGUUUGUACCUAUUUUGUAAAUUUUUAAAGACAUAGACUGCUGAUAGUGCAUUGUGGUGUUUACCAUGUGACAUCAAAUUUUGAUAACAAAAAGGUUUGAUUUUUUAGUGUGUUUUUAUUGUCUUUCUUAAUAUAGGGAAAAAAGCAAAAUGAUCAUGCUUGCCUGGUCCUUUUUUGCCUAGGGUAAGCGAUUUAGCCACUAAGUAUGUAUAAAAAUAGAAGAAGUUCUUUCGAUAAGGUGAUGAUAUGUGCUGUUUUAAAACUCUGUUAUAUACAUGCAUAAUUUAUGCAUCUUAUUUACGCAUAAUUAUAUUGUUACAAAACUUUUUUUUAUUUCUCUUUCAUUAAAAACUCAAGAAUGAAACAUUAUUUGUUUCUCAAAUUUUCCUGUAAAUAAUUUGCAGUGAACUAACCUUUGCAAAAAAACAAUAAUUCAUUUCCCGGUUUAAAGUGAGUAUCUAGUCACAUUUAAUUAUUAUAUUUAACGUAGAUCUUAUUAGCUGUAGGCUACAGCUACAGUAGCAUCAAACAAUAUUAUUCGGGAGUUCUAUCCUUAUUGCAUUUAAAUUAAUAAGGCGAGAUCUUGUUAUCCAUUUUUUAUAUCAAUUUUCUAACAAUUUCAUUCCUAAUCAUUCCAUAUUAAAGCAUUUUGUGUUUUACUGUGAGUAUUGUCAGGAAGUUUAAUUGUGUUCUCUGCUUUUAAUGAUGAAGCAAGGCAGAACAUUUUUGCAAGGCCAAGGAUUUUUUUUUUUUAAAGGCCAGUGGAUUUUUUAUAAUUUUUUUAGGCCAGAAAAAAAACAUUUUUAUUUCUUUUAAGGCCAGGAAAAAAACAUUUCUGUUUUAAUAGAGGCCAGUGGAAAACAUUUUAUAUAAGGUAUAUAAGGCCGUUUUUAGAUUUUCAUCCCUACCCUUCAGCUCCUGUCCGAAACCCUGGCCUUUUAGAUCUUACAAGAUGUGGUUGAACUCAUCAUUAGCUUCUCCAUUUUUCCAAAAAAAAUUAAUGAAGGUAGUGUCCAUCAGCCUUGGUGUUGUUGUAGUCAUAAGCAUUGUUGUACAUUUUUUAAUAAAACAAAGAAAUCCUAUAGGGAAAAGGGAGGGCAGUCCCAUUUAAAAGUGCCUUUCUUGGGGUAUCUGUAUAAAUGGAAUAGUCUUAAAGGAACUCGCUCAUGUUUUUGGACCAAAAAUUAUUUUUUUACGGUAAUGCAUCUGAAAACACUCAUUUUAUCAUAAUUUUACUCUAUGAUAUGUGUGUGAAGGAUAUUUUGUCCUUUUAACAAUUUAUUGGUAACGUCACGAUACAUUGUUAAUCAACCAUCACGAAACAACAAACCCGUUACAAAUGCUUAUGAAAAUUAUAAAUGGCUUAUGAAAAUUGUGGUCUUCAAAGACGAUAUUUGAGCAAUUAUUAACAUUUGCUGAAGGGUUUCAGCUUUUGGUAUCUUAAGUUUUAACUUUCCUAAUGAUUUGCCACACUUUAUUCCAUUAUACAAAAAGUGCAUUUUACAAAAUCAUGAGCGAGUCUCUUGAAGAAAGUUUAUGUGUUCAUUAUAUGAAAUUCACUGGUGCAUGUAUUUGGAAUAUUUUUUCUGAAUAUAUCUUUGAUCACUCGCUACUAUAUAUGAAAUAUUUGGGCAAUUGUUUAGAACGUUGUUAAAAUUGCCGACGUUGUUAACAUCAUCUUUGUUAACUUUUAAAUCGUUACUGCUCUGGAAGUUUAACGUAUUUUUAACAAGGUUUGAUACUAUGGUUUCAGCUGUACUUGUUUCUAUUCAAAUUUGGGAGCGAAUCAUCAAACAUUUCAUGUUUAAAAGUUAACAACGAAGUUGUUAAUCACUUUGUUAACUGAAUCAAAGUUCUGAACAGUCGGUCCAUAGGUUUUAUGUGCUUGCUGAAUUUUGGACCGUUUUGAUAAAUUUGAUAAAAUGAUCAAUGCUUAUUUAAGAGGGGAAGUUUCAUACAGCCUGAUGAUAUUUUUAGAAUAUGACUGUUUUUCUCAAGUCUGUUGUAAAAUGCGUUAGUGUUGUAUGUAAUGUUGUUUAAUCAAAUUGAAGAAAUAUUUAAGUAAUGUUAUACAUUUUUAAUAAAAUUUGUAUGCUUAUAACUGACAUUUAAUAUUGAUAACAAGGCUAGUGAAAUUUUAGAUGAUUAAUUUUGAAAAAAAAUUGAGUUUUUCAAUUUCAAUUUUAUAUUUUUUCAGAUAUUGUCUUGAAAUCCAUUUGAACUUACUUAUCAAUGUGAUAAAAUCAUUUUAUCAAUAUACUUUGUUUGCCAUAUAGCCUAUUUUUUUUUUAAAUUAAAUGUACAAAGAAUGUAAUUUUUGUGUCACCUGCAAAGCAUGGCAGACACAUAGGGAUUACAUUGUCUGGUGUCGUUGUCAUCUGCACUACUUGGUAUGCAUUGUUGUCAUCAGUGCACUACUUUGUAUAGUGUCCUCAUCAUAUGCCCAUACUUUGUAUGGUGUCGUUGUCAUCUGCACUACUUGGUAUGCGUUGUUGUCAUCAGUGCACUACUUUGUAUAGUGUCCUCAUCAUAUGCCCAUACUUUGUAUGGUGUUGUUGUCAUCUGCACUACUUUGUAUGGCGUCAUUGUCAUAUGCAAUACUUUUUCUGUGUGGUCAUCUUAUGCAUCACUUUGUCUGGUGUUGUCAUCAGCUGCACCAGUGUCUGCUUUGGCGUGAUACUUUCUAUUUCAAAACUUCUGAACAAUUUUGUGUAGAGUCCUGUUGGUAUACACAUUUACCUGCUCAUUAGAUGACCCCUAUUGAUUAUGAGUCAAAGGUCAAGGUCAUGGUGUCUUUUACUACUAGGCAGGCGCUACAUCUGCGCCGUGGAAUUCUAGUUUGUUUCUUGCACAAUACUGAUGCAGUAGGUUUUUCACUUUUAUGGAUUCAUCUGCCAUUUAUUUUCAUUUAUUUAUUCAUGGUUAUUUAAUAUUUAUUUUCCUUAGCUCAAAAUUAAAAGUGUUAGUUUCAUGAUUGUUAUCAAAAUAGAUGUUACAGAUUUUUUUUAAAUUUGUGUUACACUUCCCAUAUACACAUUCUAAUUAUUGUAAAUAUUGUUUUCAACAGUCUACAUGUAUCAACAUUUCUGCUUAUAUUUUCUUGUCUUAUUUUGUAGAGCAAAUGAAAAUAUCAAAUUGGCAGAAUGUUUAGAUCUUUGUUAAAGGUAACAAUGUUGUUAACGGCAUCGUUGUUAAAUUUCAAGUCUUAACUGCUCUGGAAGUUAAAUGGAUUCACUUGUGAUCUGUUAUAUUUUACAACUUUCCUUCAGCUGUAUUUAUUAUACCCCCGACAAACGAAGUUUGAAGGGGGUAUAUUGGAGUCACCCUGUGGUCGGUCCGUCGGUUUGUCGGUCGGUCCGUUGCAAUUUACCUUGUCCGGAGCAUAACUUAAAGACUACUGGAUGGAAUUGGAUUAAACUUUAUACAAUGAUAUAUGGUAUAAUGAGAGUAAGUACAGUGUACAAUAACCAUAACUCUAUUCUUGCUUAUUACUGAGUUAUUGCCCUUUGUUACUUUUGUUUGUCCGGAGUAUAACUUGAAAAGUACUGGAUGGAAUUCAUUGGAACUUCAUACAAUGGUAAAGCACAAUGAGAGGAAGUGUAGUGUUUAAGAACCAUAACUCUACUUUAGCUAAUUACUGAGUUAUUGCCCUUUAUUUGUUUUUGUUUUUGCUGUCAAAUAUUUUUCCAGACAUUAACUUGCAAACAACAAGAUGGAAUUUAUUAAAACUUCAUACAAUGGUAAAGCACAAUGAGAUGAAGUGCAGUGCACAAAACUUGAAAACUAUUGGAUGGAAUUUAAUAAAACUUCAUACAGUGAUAAAUCAUAAUGAGAGAGUGCAGUUUAUAGGAACUGCAAUUCUAUUUCAGCCAAUUACAGAGUUGCAGCCCUUUGUUACUUUUUCUUGUCCGGAGCAUGACUUGAAAACUAUUGGAUGGAAUUUGAUAAAACUUCAUACAGUGAUAGAUCAUAAUGAGAGGGAGUACAGGAGCCGCAAUUCUAUUUCAGCUAAUUACAGAGUUAUUGCCCUUUGUUAUUUGUUCUUGUCCGGAGCAUUACUUGAAAACUACCGGAUAGAAUGUAAUAAAACUUAAUACAAUGGUACAGCACAAUGAGAAGGAGUUCAGUGUACAUGAAUCAUUACACUAUUUUAGCAAAUUACAGAGUAAUUGCCUUUUUCUGUGUUUUUUAUGUCAAACUUUUGUCUGUACAGUAACUUGAAAACUACUACCGUAAUUCACCUAAGAGUUCGGACACCUUAAAUUAAUUAUUUUUUUCGCUGUCCGAAUACAUAGAAAAUUACCAUUUUUACAUUUUAUUCACAUGUUUGUUUAACCUGCCUUUUUUCUUCAUGUUUGCAUUUUACCACUUAUUAAUUUAUCCGCCUAUAAGUGUAAAUCCUUCAUCAAGUUAAUUAAAACACUAUUUUAUACAUGAACUGAAUAAACACAUUCUAUCGGCUUCAGAUCAAAGAGUCACACUGUGUGACGUCACACAACUUACAGUUAUACCCACGAGGAUCUCGUGGAGAGCAUGGACAUUGCUAUGCAGGAUUAAUGUAUAACUGUACAAUUAUUGCUUCAUACAGUCUUUAAGUGUGGUACUAGUUUGAAAGUUUAUUGGCAGAUCGUUUAACAAACAAGUCUUGUCUAUGUUUUCUUAAUCCCUUGAUUGCCCUUGUUGUUUCUUUAAUCCUCCAAUAAAUAUAUCACACUUCCUUAACUUGUCACAUUGGUGUAUACGGUUAGGUAAUCUAGCCAGGCAUUGUAAAGAUAAAAAUCAAUAAUCUUCGUCUGUGAAACUUGGUAACUGUAAAAGUUAUGAUUGAUGUCCUUUGGGUGUCCGAAAAUUAGGUACGCAAAAUAAAUUAUUUUGGAAAAAAAAUAUGGGUGUCCGAAUAUUUAGAGUGUCCGAACUCUUAGGUGAAUUACGGGUAGAUGGAAUUUCAGAAAACUUCAUACAAUGAUGGGGUAUUAAUCACCUUCAGUGAUAGCUCUAGUUUAUAAUAAAAUAUGCGAGGUCAUCAUCAAUUACUUCGCUUUCAACGUUGUCGUUUAUCACGUUGUUAACUUUAACUGAGUUCUGACAUUAGUCGACGCAAUGUUUAUUUGUUAAUUUUGUAACAUUUUUGAUUUGAGACAAAUUGUGUACAACAAAAGCCACUGAUUAUUAAAAGAAAAUCCAAAUAAUUUUAUAAUUGAUCACAAUUACAAUUGUUAACAAUUCAAUUUGGUGUAUGUUUGAUUUAUUGAUUGAAGAUUAAAUCCCAAAUGAAACCUG